UCAGGCAGGCCAGGUCAGCAACGUGCGGGCAGUGAGGUGCCGGAGGAGCAGGCAGAGAAUAGUCAGGGUCACAAGCCGGGUUCAGUAACUCACGGGCAGCGCGGUACAGAGGAUCAGGCAGAAGGAUGGUCAGGCAAGCCAGGGGUCAGGCAGGAUACAAUCAGCAGGGUCAGGUACAAAGCAGAGGUCGGCAACGGAGUAACACAGGAUCAGGUAUCAGGAACAGAGCACAAAAGACCAAACGGCAAUUUGACAUACCUCUAUUCCCGUUUAAAUAGCCUGCCCUGCACUGUCAUUGGUGCCAGGCGCACGUCCGCGAUCGCGAGUGCGCAUGCGUGGCCAUCGCGAUCGCCCGGGUCCCGCUGCCCA